UACGAAAUAGAUCGUUUCAGUUAGAAGCGAAUCGUGUCGGUUAGAAGCUGACCAAGUCUUUUGGGCUUUCCCGGUAAUACGUGUCGUGUUUCCGUACGGACUCUACCUGACGGCGCAACAUUUUCCUUGGGCAUGGUAUAAUACGUUACUUAACGUUAAUGAACUCGGAAAUCUCCGAAUGUGUUAAGAAUUUACCGCUCUGCUUUGGAUAACGGGCUGGCAUUUAAAUGGCCGUCGAGUAUCGAGCCAGCGUCAGAAUAGCAAGAGCACCUCGUUAAGAGACAAUCGUCGUUUCCUGACUCUCUCGCAAACGAGCUGCAGCUAACAAGCCGAGUUCUCGAGAUAAGUUUCUCGCGGUUGUAUCGAGUUUCUUGAACCGAUACAGUUUGAAACACUGCAAACGAUUACCGUACACAGUUCACAGAUCGAUAAUUAGUAGAAUAAUAGGAAACGAGUUGUUUUUCGCGAGAACGAGGGUAAAUAAAAUCGUGUUAUGUUCGUGUGCAAAAAACAUCUUAAGAGCGUUAUGUAACAUAAGAUACUUCUAAUGCCAUCUUAACCCCUUAUAAUAUCGAGUGACAUCGGUGGCGCAGUUUAUAGUUCUCAUCGAAUGGAUCGCAGUCGCGUGUUCGAAUCGUAACUAUACCUCUGAUUACGAUACGCCCGGUCGAGAAUCUCCGAAAGAACUUUGCCGCAACAGCGAUUAGCUAAUUUUCAUGUUUGCAAUUACCGAAGUAACCGAGAAAGUUUUCAGGGACAAUAACAACGCAGCACGAGGGAACAAUAAAGUCUAUGAAAAUUAAAAACAAGAUUUUAAUAACGUGCCAACUACUCCCCCGACCGUUCUUUAUAUCUUUUUAUAGGCGAAGCGUAACGGUUUAAUUAACGAUGUACCAAAGUCAUGCGACUGUUUCGACGGAAAGAAACGAUCCUCGAAAAGAAGCAGCGAGUCUAGAUCAUCUAUUCCGAAGGUUAUUCUAAAUGAGAACGAUGCAUCGUACAUCGGGUGGUGUAUCGUUCGUUCGCACCGAAGCGAAAUUAAGAAGGGAAUAAACGAAGAAAAUCGUGGAAGGAAGAGCUUCAGAAAGAAGAAGAGAAGGUAAAAGGCAAAGGAUCAGAAAAUGGGUUGUCCGCAGCAUCCGGGUGGGGUAGUCGGUCGGGUGGUACGUCGGUCGAUUUUCGUGCGCUUCGACGCAGAACGGAGAGGGCGUGCUGGUCGUUUGCUCUCUCUCUCGACGUGGUGAACAGUCACCGAAAACAUAGGGGCUCUGGGGGUGACGAUUGGUCAGUGCGUAACUGGCGACUGUCGGUGCGGUUGUACGGGUUUUCAGUGGGCUGCCAGCGGUCGCCCUGGGCACCACCUGCAUGGAUGGAGCCUACCCGUGUACCCAGGGCCCCUGGUCCACGUCUGAUUUUUCUCGUUGCUACGCUAGCUCUCACUUUUGCAGCAACUGGGUUGUUAUGUGGCGCGAUAAUGUCGGACCAUUGGGAAGAAGUUGGAUGGGACAAGGAAGCGCUCAGUCACGCUAAUGUUACCCUCACGUGGUACUUGGAUGGACAGGUCGCGUUGCUCGAGCCGCCUUCUGGCCACAGGAACCACCACACAAACAGACGGUCCACCUUUCUUGUCCCCAUGUACGGCGGUAUUUGGAUCAUGUGCGUCUCGCUUACAGAAGAGGAAAUACGACUACUGGGUCAGGUAGGUUUUCCGCAGGAGAGGUGCAUUAACUACUUGACACCCGACGAAGCACACGAGGAGAUCCGUGCCGCCUGGCAAAACCGGAUGCAGAAUUUGAGCAUCUCGUGUUCUCUAGUGUGCCUGAUCAUUCUGGGCACAGCAGUCCUCAUAGGAUUUUUUGGACUGUGCAGGCAUCAGAUAUCGGCGGUUCUCGUUACCGGUGUCAUGUAUUUACUGGCAGCCACGUUCGCAUUGUUCACCCUGACGAUCAUUCAUUUCAAAAGAGCCCAGGAUCGGGGUGCGAGAAUAUUGGAUGGUCCUGAGGAUGGCGUGAUCGGUGGACCUGCUCCACGCAACGUUCUCAAGGCGAGACGAUUCACCAGCUCCUGGAGUAUGGACUUUGGUUGGGGUGGAGUCACGCUUUGCGCCCUCGCCUCGGUGGCGUGGAUCUUGCUCAGCAAAAUAAUGCGUUUCAGCCCCAUCGCGGCUAUGAUAGCGUAGCAGUGGGAGGCCUUCGAGGUCUAAGGUCGUUUCCAAGAGUUAUGAUAGUGUUUCGAUGUCGACGACCCUUCUGGUAUGCUCAGUGGGAGAGAGAAAUGUUUAUCCAUAAAGUAACAUGGGUCGUUGCUGAUUCGACUGGAAACCCUCGAUUUGUCCAAAUAUCGACCGAAUCAGCUCGUUAAUGAUACGCGAUUGAUCGGUGAAACGUGAAAUUACAAUCGUAUAUUAUAUGAUCAGUCUUGCCAAAUUGUCAAUUUUAUCUUGAAAAUUAAAACAACUCAGGUGUAUCGCGUAAACUUCGAUAUUUAAGAGGAACAGUUUGAAAAUAGGGUUCGACAUUGAAACAAACUUUCAGAGUAUUUUUUCCAGAAACGAAAUGACAAUUGAAAAAGACCACCUCGAAGGCAUAAUCAUUUGUUUAUCAACAGGUAACGUGCGUCGCAUAUUGUUUGUCGAUUGUAGCUUGAAUCUAUGUAAGGCACGAAGAUUAAGAAGGAGCACAAUUUUUGCCCAUCCUUCUGAAUGCAAUGUUUUGUACAAUUUAUCGAAUCUCUAGUCUUUGACAAAAAAGAAGAAAAAGACAAAAAGAAAUAUAAAGGUAAAUGAUCGAACGAACAACUAUAUGCAGAGAAGGGUUGUAGUAGAUAUUUCUAUUUUAUGAAAAUUCUCAAAUAUUAAAUCUUGUAUCUCUAAGUUAAACCGUACUUCCUACUUUUUUUUUUUUUUAUUUCUUUUGUCUCUUUUACUUCAUGUUCAAUUUAAGCAUUUCGAUCAUUUAAACACCUUCUCCUCGUAUAGAUUUUUACACAGACCUAAGCUAUUUAUAAAUGCAUGAAUACGAGAUAACACGUAGGAAGAAAGUUUUUUGAGGCAAAGAUACUAUGAUGUACUAAGUAGAACAGAAACGAUAAGAAACAUCGUACACGGUUACCUCGCUUUUGAUUUGCAGUCAAAUUAGUCAAUUAACGUAAGAGUAAUGCUAUCUUGCAUCUCCUAGUCUAUAUGUUUAGUCAAAAAUCUUUGGAAUCGGUUUCUCUUCUUUUCGCAAAAAACAUGAUAGAUAUUGUUAAAUUUAUAUCGGGUCUGAUUUAAACUCGAAGUAAUUUGAAACGUUUUAGAAGCUACGAUGAAAUUGGUUGAACUUUGCUUGAAAAUUUAAAUACGAAAUGUAAUAUAUACCAUAGAUGCCCAUAGUAUAAUUCGAUCGCCUUACAGUUAGAGAGAUAAGCAUGUUUGUAAUACGCGUUAGCAUAGCAGUAAACUUGUUGGAGCCAACACGAGCAACGACGCGUGUCUGCAAGAAGAAUUUAGCUUUUGCUACAACUUGUUACGGUGAAAAAAUGAGGGCAUACGCUAAUAAAAUGUAUAUUGUACGAAGGAUUGUGAAUUACAAUUCGUCCAUUAAGAUUUAAGGAAAAUGAAGGUGCUUCGAACGGAAGCAUCCAUUAUACCCGGGGACUAAGUUUUGCCAGUUAUCGGAUACUAUAAAGAUAUAUACGAAUAAGCUUGCAAAACUUUUCUCCGUGUGUUUAUUUAAGUGAAAUGCAUUUUUCUGAUGAUAUUUUCUUGAUUGUCACAUUUUUUACCUGACCCGUGUUAUUUGUUAUAUUGAAAUUAAUGUACCAUAAAUGCAAUAAAAAGAAUAAGCUAUGUAUAAACAAUGUAGUAUCCCGAUUGAUUCAUUUUUUGAACGCGUAACAGAUCAACGUUAAUGCGAGUAGUAAUAACUUUACUGAUCGUUUAAAAUAUUCAACAACGUUUCCUCGUAACUUUUAAGAAGAAAUAACAGACUUAUUUUCGUAAAGCGUCUUAAGAUUUUCCGUGACGUAUACGUUAUGAAGAAAUUGAAAAUAUAUUCGUGUCAUUGAGAGGUUAUGUUUCGCAAACAAUCUUUGCAAAAAUAUGGAUCUCGACAAACGACCACAAGCAGUCGCGCAAACACAUGCCGGUGCUAUACGUACGAACGAACACUAAAAUACUGAACACGUGACCGACCGUUACAAGUAUAUGUAACGCGGGAUACGUUGUACUUUACAUUCAAUAACAUUCUAUACACAUACACGCGCACAUUCAUAAACGUAUCACAGUUUCUCGCGUAUCAAAAUGUUUUUUGCAACAGUAAAUAACAAAGAAAAUAUGAAUUGCUUGUUGUCGCCGACACUUGUUAGCUUGCUACCCUCAACAUAAAUUAACGUGUACUUGCAGCGGGAAGCUGUCGAAAUAUCGAGAGUGGCAGCCAUUUUGGUUACCGGUGUCUAACGGCGUCUAAUUGUCGGGCAAAAUUUCGGCUCCGGUUUUUGACAGUGAAAACAGUGAUAAAAGUGCGGAAACGAAGUGUCCAAUGUGCCAAAAACAAUCGUGAUAGUGAUAUCUUUUCGAACAAUGGACCCCGUAGGAAACUGCCUGAUCCAGAAUGUUCUACCAAGGGCAAGAUGGUCAUUACGUUACGAGUCGCAAUUUUUCUUCCAUCACAGGAGAAACAGAAAUGACAGGCAACAGUCAUCGGUUGAUCGAAGACGACGAAACG